AUGCCUCGCGCGAGAGUCCUUUCCUUCAUGUCCGAAUGGGGCGGCAGCUCUCCCCACAGCCACAAGAAGGCGCCUUCCGCGUCUGAGCAGCCCUCGUCGCCGACCAAGACUACACCGGCGCGAUCUUUUACCACCCCCAUUCCGACCUCCGCCUCUGCAACACAGCUCGACAAUUACACGAGAAACUCGCCCGUUUCGAACCAGCAAACCCGCGAAUAUCGCUCCGACUCGAGGCCAUCCUCGCGGCCCGUCUCCAUGAUCCAAACAUACCAGCCUCCAGUCAUGGAGGUCAGUCAAGACACGUUGCCAGAACUGCAGCGCAUCUUCACCUUCCUAAACAGCCAUUCCAAUAAGCUGUACCAGGAGGGCUACUUUCUCAAAUUCCACGAUACCGACGGCCGUGGUCGGCCCGCUGCGGAUCGGAGCUGGCAGGAAUGCUUCGCCCAGCUCGUGGGCACUGUGCUCUCUCUAUGGGAUGCCAGUGAGUUAGACCAAGUUGGCACGCAAGGGGACGUGCUGCCCACAUUUAUCAAUCUCACCGAUGCAGCAAUCACAAUGGAACCUGCAAUGAAGCUCGGUGACGGCAAGCUGCUCGAUAAUAUCCUGGCUGUGUCGACUGCUGCGAGCAAUAAAUACCUAUUCCAUUUCAACUCCUUCAACUCUCUUACUCAAUGGACUGCAGGAAUCCGCCUUGCCAUGUACGAACACACGACUCUACAAGAGGCAUAUACGGGAGCUUUGAUCGCAGGCAAGGGCAAGACUCUCAACAAUAUUCGAGUAAUUUUGCAACCUACGAAGGUCAAGUACGAAGACUGGGCGAGGGUCAGAUUCGGUGCGGGCACGCCUUGGAGACGGUGUUGGUGUGUUAUAACGCCUCCCGACGAGAAGGAAGUCGCAAAACUUCAGAAAACGCACAAGAAGUCGUACCAGAAGCCGCCCGUCCUCAAAGGAGAAAUGAGUUUCUACGAUUCCAAGAAAAUCACCAAGAAGACGAAGCCGAUCGCGACGGUGUCGGAGGCAUAUGCAGCCUAUGCACUCUACCCGCAAUCUAAGCCUUUAAUCGAUCAGUCGACUCUUGUCAAGAUUGAAGGGAAAAUCACGAUUCAUUCUUCACAGCCGAGAGUCACGGACGGGUUCGUCUUUGUCAUGCCUGAAGCACAUCCAGCAGUCUCGGGCUUCGAAAUCAUGCUUCGCUUUUUAUUCCCCGUCUUCGACGUUUUCCAUCUCUACGGACGUCCUCAAAAGCUGGUUUCCGAUGUUCUCGAUUCCCGGGGAUUGAUGUUUGCUAUGCCACCGGACAGGCGCUAUGGUUAUCUGGAGAUGUGGGACGUUGUUUCUCUGAUACACGCUCAAGGUAGUAACUCUUGGGGCGCGAGGGAAUGGCGAAAACAACUCAAGGAAUUGACUUCAACGCGAAUGACGAGCGCACCAUCCCGCCAUCAGAGCCAAGCUAGCAGUCGCCGAAAUACUGUUGGCAGAGCGAGCCUUCCGCCAUCCCGGAAUGGAGGAGUAAAGUUCGACGAUGAGGGGUCUGUCCGAUCACAGCCGUCCACGCGAAGAACCUCGCCGGUCCGAGGCGACUUUGACGGGUCUCGACGCGUCGAUACAGCCCCGCCUACCACUAAUACCCUCCCACGGCAUCGGCGAUCUGUUUCGGAAACCCAUGGCUAUCGACAAUACCAGGCAGAUAUGCCGUCUCGGCUUGCUCAUGGCGUGAACGCUAAUGAGCAAUUCGAUACUCCACCACCACCGCCCGAGCACAAGGUCCUGAAUGGACAAGGUGCUCCGCAGCAGUACCACGAGCCGUACGAUACUGGCUCGGAUGGAGAAGAGCGCGGAACCCCGGACGAGCGAGACCUGCCAGAUCUUGGUGCCGCAGCUCCACCGGCCCCUCCAACAGGGCCAGUCGAAACUCCCCCCGCCUUCGCACACGGUCCGGGACAGCUGCCUCCUACAAGACCUUAUCAGCCUCCAAACAUGGUCAAGCCAAACGCUCAUAUGGAUCCUGCUACCCUGCAUCAGCUCGCGGAUGCCACUCAAACAACUCUGCCGGCAUCGGUUGCGGCUGCUGGUGCUGCGGCUGCCGCGGCUGCCUGGAAGACUCAGGAGAGCACUAGGAAUGACUGGAAGCAAAGUGGAGAAUAUGGUAGGCGAAGCGGGGAGUAUGAUAGACGUAUGGAUGGAGGAAACCAGUGGGGCGACGCUAAUAACGGGGGUGCACCAGUCAAUCAAUCCUACCAUCCAGGAUUCAGCGGCUCUCCAAGCAAGAGACUUCCCACGAUUCCUGCCUCCCCCUACAUUGAGCAAUCUGAGCCAUCGCCUCACGCUUCAUACUUUGUUCCGUCAGCUCCUCCUGUUCCCGAACACGGUCAAAUGCAACAAUUUCCCGCGUACCCCGGUGAAGCGGAACGAACGUCAAGCGACAGCGGUCAUAUACAUCGUAAACCAGUCCCAGGUCGGUCUUCACCAUCCUCGCGAGAGGCUCGUGACAAUUUCUCAUCGCCAGCAAGCUCAAGUAUCGGCAGUUUACGACACGAUGUGAUCGACCCAGAGGCACUCGACACCCUCGAAUUCGCGGAUACAUCUCUAACCAGGAACCAAAGCAUGUCUAGCAGCAACUACGACGAUGAUGCGGCGUCCAGCUCGACUACUGACUAUGCUAGCACGAUCAGCGAACAAUCUAGAACCCGAAGAUUGCCACCGAGACAAGAACGUCCUCGAAGUGGAGUGCUGCGCACUGUGGGCGACCCUAGCCUCACCAAGAAGCCAGAUCUGAUCGUUGGUGACGCUCAUUACGAUGCGCAGCCGAAGCAGCAAGAAAUAGCCACGGAUCUUCCCACCGUCGAUUUCGGUCCCACGUACGCGCUCAACCCAGGUGAUGUGAGACGCCCUGGCACGGCAGGCACGAUGACACAAGCCGUCCACGAGGCAUCUAGGUCCCAAGAAAAGCUAGGAGACAUGUCGAGCGACCGAAAACGCGAAUCUAUGGUGACUGGAAGGACAAGUCCCGGAUUCGUUGGCCACUUCCGUGCGUCUUCCAACUCCCCGGACUUGGCACAGGCAUCCGAAGCUCGGACAGUUGCAUGGCAACCGGGUAUGGGUGCCAACCACGGGACACAUAGCAGUCGGGAGAAACUCGAUGCGGAGGACUGGGUUCAGCAGCGUGCAAAUGCUGCUUCUCACCCUCGAGCAUCCCCGGUAUUCGGCCAUAACAGGAACCAGUCUGGUCUUACUCCGCCUACGAGCCGUCAAGUAUCGGGCGACUGGACCAACUUUCAGCCUACGCACCAGAGAACACCUACAGGAGAGUCACUGCCCUUCCGUCCACCUAGUCGUCCGGUCAGUCGACCUCUUAGUCGGCCACAAUCUCGCGGUGCCGGUAACGUGCUGAUCUCGGAGAAGCCGGCCCAGCUUUCCGCGCGUGAGCAGCAACAGGUAUCGAGGAUGACUGGCACGCCUUUGAUCGAUUUGUCGCAAAAUAACAAGAAAGACCAACGCCCUGCAUCGGCUGGCCUAGUUGGCUAUGUCAGUCAGCGAGAGGAACAGAAAUUGCUCGCCAAGCAGAACAUGACUACUCCAGCCAUGCAAGCCGAGAUUGACCGGCGGAUGCGGCAACAGCAGCAACAGAUGCCCAUGCAUGUGGCACAAGGAAGCUACAGCGGCACACCGAGUAUCAUGGGCAUGCCGCAACAGAACUUCUCACAGCCUUUCUUCACGCCAUCGCCGACGCUCCAGCAGCAGCAGCAGACAGGAUACUUCCCGCCGCAGGCACCGAUGCAGCAAGGUUGGGUGCCGCAACAGCCGUCGCCUGGACAGUAUGGCGCGGGCGGCUUCGUGCAAGGGCAACCGCAAGUGCACACACCGACGCAGGCCUAUGGCGCGAGCUGGGACCAGCAGCAGGCUGCGAGGUCGCAGGGUCGGGCGGGGCCAAUCUGGCAAGUGAGAGGAGCCAAGAAAUGA